CUCCACAUUCUUAAGGAUGAAUCUCCAUAACAAUAGCCAUAAGCCCAUAACCAUAGCUAGAAAAUCACACACACAGAGACGUGUUCUUCCAUCUCUUUCUUCCUCCUUCCAAUCCAAUCCUUCUUUACUUUUUCAAUUCUCAACUUCUUUCUGCAAUCGUUAGUUAAUUCCAAUUCAAUUCAACCAAUCGUUAGCUAAUUCCAAUUCAAUUCAACCAACAAAUCAACAACAACAACAACAAACAUACACCAUAACCACCAGCACCCAAAACUCAUCGUUGCAAAAAUUCAAAACUUUCCGGCAAAGCUGAAAACUUGAUUGAAAUGGGGUUCGAGAAAGAAGCAAGCUCUUCAACCUACUCGCUUCCACCAUACCCACGUGAGGAUACACCACUUCUUACAAAGUCGCCGCCGCUAUCCUCCAACUUCAAGACCUUCGCCAACGUCUUCAUCGCCAUCGUCGGCGCCGGCGUCCUCGGUCUCCCUUACAGCUUCAAGCGAACCGGCUACGUCACCGGCCUCCUCAUGCUUCUCUCCGUCGCAUUCCUCACCUACCACUGCAUGAUGCUUCUCGUCAAAACUCGCCGCAAGCUCGAUUCCAUAUUAGGGUUCUCAAAGAUCCAAUCUUUUGGCGAUUUGGGAUUCACCAUCUGCGGCCCAAUUGGAAGAUUCACCGUUGACGCCAUGAUCGUGCUUUCCCAAGCCGGUUUCUGCGUCAGCUACCUAAUCUUCAUUUCCACCACUUUGGCUUUUCUUGUGAACAAUGGAAUUGAUGCAACAAAACCGGUUUUUCUAGGGUUUAGUGCUAAAGUUUUGUUCUUGUGGGGUUGUUUUCCGUUUCAAUUAGGGCUGAAUUCGAUUAAGACCUUGACUCACUUGGCUCCUCUGAGUAUAUUUGCUGAUGCUGUUGAUCUUUCUGCUAAGGGUGCUGUGAUGGUUGAGGAAGUUUUUGUUUUCCUCAAGAACAGGCCAAAUUUGGAGGCUUUUGGUGGGAUUUCUGUGUUCUUCUAUGGUAUUGGUGUUGCUGUGUAUGCAUUUGAAGGGAUUGGAAUGGUUUUGCCAUUGGAAUCUGAGACUAAGGAUAAGGACAAGUUUGGUAGGGUUUUGGGAUUUGGGAUGAGUUUCAUUGCUGUUUUGUUUGGUGCUUUUGGUGUUCUUGGUUACUUUGCUUUUGGUGAGAACACCAAGGAUAUAAUUACUACUAAUCUAGGACCUGGUUUGAUUAGUGUUUUGGUGCAAUUAGGACUAAGCAUUAACCUGUUCUUCACUUUUCCUUUGAUGAUGAACCCUGUUUAUGAGGUUUUUGAGAGAAGGUUCUGUGGAUAUAGGUACUGCUUAUGGCUGAGGUGGGUUUUGGUGUUGGUGGUGAGUCUUGUGGCACUUUUGGUGCCUAAUUUUGCUGAUUUCUUGUCACUUGUUGGGAGCAGCAUAUGUGUUGUGCUUAGUUUUGUGUUGCCUGCAAUGUUCCAUUGUCUUGUGUUUAAGGAUGAGUUGGGUUGGAAGUGUUUAGUUUCUGAUGGGGCAAUUGUGGUUUUUGGAUUUGUUGUUGCUGUUUCUGGAACUUGGUCUUCACUAUCUGAGAUUCUUGCUCCUAAGGCCUAAUUAGGCAAAACAAAAAAAUAAAAAAUGUGAAAAAUCCCUUAUGUGGAGUAAUGUAAUAUAAUGUAAUGUUGUAAGGUCUCUAGUGUGCCAACCAUGAUUGGGUUGAUUUAUUUGUUAAAAUGCAUAAGAUUUGCAAUGAGCUAAAUCUAA